AUGCCGGAUUCAGACAGAAGAUCUUCUGCAGAGCAAAAUCUCGCUGACAAUGCUCUUCCAAUUCCGAUACAAAUAUUCCUGUGGAAGCAAGUCAGCCCGUUUGUUCGCCCGAAGCUUGGAAAACACCAUGAAGCCUCUUGCGCGUUCUGUCAAAACGCUAUGACCGGCCAUCACGAACUGAAAGAAGCAUGUAAAUCUUUCGAGAAGGUGCUAGUGCAGAAUAUUCACUCUGGUCUAAAGCCGGACCUGGCGCAGUCUGUGAAGUCCAUUCCCAGGUGGAGGCUAAUUCAGGCCUCUUUGCCGCACGUUAUGCACGCGGUUGCUGCAAUACUCUACAACAGGAUGAAGGACGGCAACAUCCAAAGCUUAGGGGCUGUCGAAACAAAGUUGUUGUACACUCUGCAUUGGAUAAUAUUGGACGCAGUGGAUGAAUGCGCUGACGAGGAUUUUGAAAAGGGCAUUUAUCACUCUUCCCCUUUCUACUAUUUGUUUUCUGUACCAACAAUCACACUGUUCGUGUAUCUGUUCGCGCCGAUCUGCAACAACCUGAAGGAGUCGGACUUCCAGAACUUCAGGCUGGAGAACGGCUUGAAAAUCUGGCAGGCCAUGUGGGAAUUCCGACACCCCGAUGCCCCCUGUUUUGUUACCCACUGUAAACCGAAGCCCAAGCUGCUGGACGGACAGCAUAUGAAGGUCAAGCAACAGUUCGGGGACGUUUUUCUGGGCCGCAAACAGUCCAGCGAUGAUCCAUUGAACAAAGACAGCCCCACAGCAAGCCAAGGCAUCAGUGCCUCCAGCUCAGACCAACAACAUCUUUUCACAAGUGGUGCCACCCCUACAACAGUAACAAUCACAGCCACCAUCACCAAAAUAGACGAUGAGAGUGCUUGGGUGUCUUCACCAAAGGACACGGUCUUCCCGGAGACAAUUCCAGAAGAAAGCUCCAGCACCGAGGAGGAACACGUAGUGAUCUUUCGCCUUCCAUCCCUGCACGAGUCUGAUGGAUUUUUGAGAGAUCCAUCCAUUUACACUGCGGAAACAAGCAUAAUUCAGUUGGCUAUGAGGAGGAAUGGUACUGGAAGAACUAACAAUGUAAAAUUGGAGCAGAUAGCAACCAGUUCCAUUGUAGAGACCAAGGCGACAUCUUCGAAGCCACCCAUGCAGAAAAUUGGGUACGUCAAAAUUAUAGUAAGAUAUCUAUGUACUAGUAAAGAUUUUAGGUCUUCGACCGAUAAAGAUUCUAUGGACAGCACCAAAAUGCCAUCCUGUGACACCCAACCAAAAGAUGAAGGGAGCAAAAUAACUGCGACUGCGAUGGACAUCAGUGCUGCUACAUUUUUAGAUGUAGCAGUUUUACGAUGUUUAUUUAUAACCCACUGGCAAGAAGAGGGCAUAUAUUGGGCUUUGCAUUACAUGUACAACAGACUAAGAGACAUAAGCGACGAGACAGCGGGUCAGCAACAGCCAAGAAAGAGGAGCAACUCCUUACCUAUUCCAAAGAUAGAGGUUUCGUUGUAUCAAAGUACCGAGUCGAAGAAAAUAGAGACCAAAGACUUCAUUGAAGUUCCAGAAGUGAAAGACGUGUCUCUCUUAGUAGAAUCCCCUUACACCAGUCAAAGUAAAUCGGAUGAGUCGCUUCAUAAAAGAUCAUCGAGCGAGAAGAUAAAGAGGCGAAUGAAGAUAGCAGAUUUAAAGACGUUCGUAGAGACGAAGCUGCUUUCGAAAUCUGAUAAAGCCCUUGAGAAGAUCGGGAGCGACGAGCAAAAAUCUCUAGGACAACAUUCGGUGGGUGCCAGAAGAAUAUUGGAUAACUACCACAGGAGCCUGGAUACGGGGGAUGAGCAUUUAUCCCGACCCCAGUCUGCUAUGUCGAAGAUAUUUGAACCUCCCAGCAAUUUGGUGAAGGGAAAAAGUAUGCCGAGUCUAAGCUGUUUAAUAGACGAAUUAAAUGCAGGAGGGUACAUGGAUGAAAGUCAGUGGGAAUGUAGAAGACCUAGCAAAUUUGGACAUUCUCAACCCAUGGCGAACCCCAUCAUUACGGUGACGGAACAUACUCCGACUCCGUCUCCAGAUUUUUUACGUAGACAGGGUUCCUUGGAUAGUCAGCUAGAUGCAGCUAGUUUAUCCGGCAGCAAGCUCGGUCACUGGCAAGAAAGGAAGGCCAGUUUAACCAGGUCUCAGACUGAUUCAAACAUCACUUAUGCAGGAGAAGACAUCCCCGAGGCUCCUGGUGCGGCGUGUUACAUAACUAAAGAAGGAGAUAUCGACUUUCAAGUUGUUUUGAAGGCGGUGCAUAGAACAGCGAUUAGGGAGAGUUCUUCUUGUACCCUCAGAGUCUUAGAGGUAAUCUUAAAUCUAGUAGAACUGCUUAUGGACAUGGGGGUGCUGAAGCAGUGUUUGCGGGACGAAGCUAUAAGUAGUUUUACUCCGGUUCCUGACUCUAGUAGUCCUGGAAAAGGAGCCAAGCUGCCGAUGAGUAACACUCGCGGCUCGCUUGGAACGGACCCGGAAAAAACUGGGAAGCCGAUGUCUUCUCAUAAAUUAGUAAUGAACAUCAUAGUGAGAGUCCUUAAGCAUCUAGGGUGCCCACACGGAUGCGCUGAUGGUCAGAGAGGACCUGCGGCUGAAUUUCUUCGAACUCAGUGCCAGAACAUCUUGGCCAAACUCAGCAGAGCUAGUGGGAAACAGUUUAAGAAGUUUUUACGUGACUACAUCAAGUAUCAGACUAUAAAUGACAUCAUGGAUCUAUUCCACUCUUAUGUAGGGUAUUGCAUAGACCCCAGCUCUCUACUGUCGCCUCUGAACCAGAAGAGGGGCUCUAGCAAAUCACCAGACACAGUGUCGCAAGGUGGUUAUGCAUCCAACUUUGGCACAGGCGUGGGGGGCGGUGGAAUAAGAGGGGUCGAGGGACAGAUUAUGUCACAUGUGUUUAAGCCGCUCGUCACCAGAUUUGUGGAGUCCAACAAGGAAAUCAAAUCUUCCGACAGUUUGAGCCUGUAUUGCGACAUCCGCCAGCUGAUGACCUACGUGAAGGAGGGUCAUGGGAGCGUUUUCAGAAGGGUGGCUUUAAGUGCUUUGCUUGAUACUGCAGAUAGGCCGACAAAGAAGGAAGCGAAUAUUCAAACAACUAGAGUUAUAAGACACAUGCAUCAUUCCGAAAUGGAAGAUCAACCAGAAGCUCCGACAGAUACACAAUCGUACACCAUAGACGAUAGAGGCGUGAGAAAGUUACUUUUCAAGAAGAGAAGCACUUCUUCAACAUGCGCAAGUCUUCUAGAAACUGAAGCAGAAGAGAUGACUAGGGCCAGCCAAAGUCCAUUAGGAAAUAUAAGAAAGAAGCAUCACAUACUAACACCAAGACAGAGCGAAAGAACCUUGGGAAUUUCUUUAGAACCCACAAAUAAAUCAAAGAAAUCUAAGUUAGGUGGUAUAGUGAACUGGUUCAAGAAAGGCGAUAACUCUUCUACUGACGAGCUCGAUAACCAAGAAAAUGGGGACUCAUUUACUGAUACUUCAAGUUUCAUCAGACAACCGUCCAAAUAUUAUCACCACAAGGGAUCUUCUAAAAGCAAUGUUAGCCAAAGCAUCCAGAAAGCGAAACGGAGAAUGGAGGAUAAGUUCAAAUUUGUUCUGAAAAAGGGAAAGAAGAAAGACGGAAGCUUGGAGGAAUCAGCAGGUGGAUACUUUAGCAGAAGAAACUCCUUUGACUUUGGCGAAACAUCUAGAGAAUCAGAAUUUGUGGUUCUUAAAGAAAGAAAACUAGUAUCUACAGAUCUGGUGUUUCAGGGAGUGUCGAGACUAUCAUUUCUUCUAGAAACUUGCCCUCCUGGAUCGGUGCCAGAUCCUCACCUUCUAGCUUCAGCUCUAGAUUUGCCUCAUUCUACAGUGGUAUCUAGGGCGGCUCUGCUUUUAGAAUGCUCUUACUUUGUCCACUGUUGCAACAAGGGUCAGUGGCCCUCCUGGAUGAAGUUGAAUUUCUCCAUGUUCAGACCUUCUGGUCCUUUACCACCACGGGGAGGUAGUACUGGAAUCAGAAGGUCUCACGUUAUGCAGAGGGCUGCCGGAAAAAUGUUCUACCAAUGGGCAGAGGUUAUUGGGCAAAGAUUGGAAGAGUUUAUAAAUGAAGAUAAAAACUUGCAAACUCAAGUCACAGCUAUGAUAACGGAUGAACAGAAACAGAAGGAGUUGCUUGUCCAAGACGAAGAGGAAGACUUUCUGGACGAAGCAAGCAUAAAUUCCUAUGGUUCCUCCUGUCCUAUGGCCUUGAGGGUAAUAGCAUGCAUACUGCUUCAUGAAAUCACUGCAUUCCUUCGAGAAACUUAUCAAACUUUACCAAAAUCAUCCCGUGUGACUGGAAAAGACAGACCUCCUCCCUGGGAGAGACUCUACAGUCGGGAGGCUAAUAGAAGGUGGAGUAUGGCUUUGUCCUCAAUGGGUCAUUCACAGACUUCAGCUCAGAGUUUACAAUCGAUCGCGGGAGACAGAGAUUCAGGUCAAACAGAGAGGAAAAUAAGUUUCGUCCUCCACGAACCGGACAACGAAUCGGAAGCGAGCAGCAACACUACUGUGACGAUGCAAGCUAUGCUUCAGGGUGAAGACCCAAAACGUAUUGGUCAACAAUCGAGACCAUAUUUACUUCGAAGGGGAACCGCAGCGCCUGCAGGAGGGUCUUUCAAGAGGCGUAGCCUAAAACUGAGGAGAGGCACAAAGGAGGGCAAGGAUAUAGAUCUGGACUGGAGGAUUCCAGAAUCCGUCAAAAGAACAGACUCCAUUCAAUCAAAACGGAAAGUCAGUUCUCUUUCCGAUAGAAGCGACACAUCCGAACCUGGAAUCGCUGGGGAAGCCAGCGGAGAGGAAUCUCCAGGUGUCUUAAGUGACGACCAACCCCCGGAGAGUCCCAGUGAUAGCAACGACACCGACGAUACCACGAAAACUAUGCCCUGGAUGAAAGUGAUGGUCCAAAUUUCUAACUCGUUUUACUACUAUUGUCCCCAUCAGAACUUCUGCCACCCAUUUUGCUACAGACGCGUCAUGAGGGGUUGUAGCAGGUUAACAAAGGCGGCGAGGAAGGUGUACGGUGAAGAAUUCGGUGUGUUGGACGAUAAGUUGUGUAUGGAUUUUGGCGGGAAAAAGAAGACCAACAAAAAAGAGAAAAAUCAGAAUCGAAAAGUAUCCGAUCAGACUAGCUCUACUGUAUCUCCGAUCAGAAGAAAGGACAGUGUCGGGAAGAAGGACAAAAUUGAGAAGAAUUUAGACGGGUCCCAGAAAUUGGCUUCUAAGGACUCGUCUAGAGAUAUAGCUGACUCUGACACAGGAGGUGAUUCAAAAAGUACAAGCAAUGGUAAACCAACUGAGCCUCCACCAAUAUUAAAGUAUAUCAAAACUCAGGUUAAAGAUGCCUUCCAUGCUCCACUUGCCGUGUUACUCAAGGGAGCUGUGAUUCUAUCGGAAGAACACUUCCUGGAAAUAAUUCCAGUUGCCUGGGAGUUACUCUUAGAGAUUAACCAGGAAGUAACGGCUUGCGCAGCCUCAAUUUUCAUAUUAGGUGCCGUCAAGUGUCCUCAGCAAGUGUCCGAUAUUAUGCAGCAUAGCUUGUCGCACCCUGAUUGUUCUGUGCGGAUAAAUGCCAUUUUAAGGUUCCAAGUCCUAUGGAAAAUGAGGUAUCAGGUAUGGCCAAGAAUGGAAGAAAGCGCUCAGGUUUUAUUCAAGGUCCCACCGCCCGGAAUUGAAUUUACUUUGCCGUCGCCAAAGAUAGGAAUCGAGUCUUUGGACGUCGUCGACUCUCCGUGGGAGCUCCUCGUGAAAACUAAAGUGGAGGAGGUCACAAUCAACCAGGAAAGACAUAGAUCUUUGGUGACUGCCACGAAAACAAGGAAGAAACAGCAGACGGAGCUAAUAAAAAUGGCGCUACAAGCACAAGACGACAAAAAGAGGGAAGAGAGAGAAAAUUUCCUAAUCACUACCAUUCCUAUUACUAUUCAAGCCGCCCACGAGCCAAGUCUCUACCACACAAGCGAGGAACAUGAAGAAGUGGAUGAUGAACAAGUGGAGGGUCAGCCUAGGAACACCACUCACCAUCUCCACUCCGCUCACUCACUAUUCCCUUCCUGCCUCUGUUCUGCCGUCGUCCAGAUUAUCAACCUCUUAGACGACGCUGCGGUGUCUCCAGAUGGCAACGCUGUGUACGAGGUUUCAUAUCAAGUCAUCUGGACGUGUCUUGUUGAAGACAGCGCCCUCUUUCUCAGAUACAUCUUGGAGAGGCUCACCAGGGAAAAGCAGGAUCUCAUGUUUAAAAUCUUGAGGCACUUGAUAAGAUUCAUACCUAAAUUACCUCAACAAGCCGCGUUUGCUCUGUACAAUUACAUUAUAGGUUAUGUAAUGUUCUAUGUAAGAAGCCCUCAUGAAGACGGGCAACAGCUCAUUGGAGCAGCAUUGUCUCUACUGUGGAUGGUGGUACAUAGCGUGCAUGGCAUAAUGUUUAAGGACCUCAAACAGAUUUUAAGAAAGGAACAGUGCGACGCUUCUAUCCUACUGACGGCCAAUGUUCCUUCAGCAAAGAAGAUAAUCGUGCAUGGCCCACAAGAUCCUGACGCGGGGGGGAUUCCAUCUCAGUUCCCGGUCCAAGAAGACACCCAGUUCUGUCAGAUUCUAAGGGAAGCUUUGGACUUUUUUGGUAUAGAAGAGAACAAACACAAGGAGUUUUUCUUAGUGGAUUAUAAAACACAUCAAAUAAGGAAUCCGUCUUCCUACGUACGAGACUACUAUUUCUUCAAGAGGUCUCAAUAUCCCCAGCUGGAAUUGGUCCAUAUGAAGCCUGAUCUAGCUUUCAAUGCACUGCAGAAACAGGAACUCCUACACAAGUUUGUGGAAAUAGGCAAAGUUCUUCUGACGUGGGCUAUAUUGAAAAAUGUUGACAUGGUGGUACAAAGGGUGGUAUUUCUUCACGAAGAACUAAUGAAGUUGCCUUCUUUUCCAAGGAAAGCCCUAGAAUCUGACCUGGACCUCUACAAAAGUGGUCCCUUAGGAAAGGAACUGCUAGGUUUGGACGUGCUCCACAAGUUCAUGUGGGUGAGGCUGAUAGCCAGAAUGUUUGAAGCGAUGGCAGGAAAUUUCGCUUAUUCCGGAGAUAUUCAUUUGUUUGUAAAUGUCCUCAACGGAGCGGUAGUGCUACACUCUGAAGACGCCUGCAUACUGAGAUACGUCAUGGCCACCUACAUCAACGCAGCCUUCCAUUUCAAAAAUAUAUUCUCAACGAAUGGCUAUUUACUCAUCAUGCCUACUUUGUUGAAAAUCUACUCCAAUCAUCAAACCAACAAACUUAUAACGACGACUGUGGAGUACGCUGUUAAACAGUUCUAUUUGAUGAACAGGAAACCAUUCAUUCUUCAAAUGUUUGGAUCUGUCUCCGCCAUGUUAGAUACCGACGAAGAAGGCACCUACGGAGAUGCCCACAAGAUUCAAUCCAGUUGUCUCUUCAAUCUAUUACUAAGCCUGGAAACACCUUCUCCGGAUCCUCUGAACAUAGCAGAACUAGUGAAAGAGGAGAAACCCUUGAAAGCAAUCGAUUUCUGCUACCACGACGAAAACGAGAUGGUGACCAUACUCGAUUGCAUAUCCAUGUGUGUAAUGGUUGUGUCUUAUUCUUCGGAGAGCGUCAGAGGAUACCAAAUGUUGAUAAUACUGGAAGCAAUUUUACCUUGCUACGUCAAACAAAUUCAAUUGCCGACUUACAACAAGGAAGGUAAAACAGAAAAAGAGAUUAUACACCAACUAGCCGUUGCUAUUAAAACACUGGUUAACAAUUGUGAAGCACUGACAAAAAGCUACAACGGCCCUUAUCGCUCUAGUCCCGAGCACAAGGGAUCCAGUCAAAGGAAUUACAGCCGAGGUCCUUACUCGCCCGGCUUCGACUUCGAAGACGAUUCCCAUUCAAAAUUCAUGAGUGAACAUUCCCGCGCAAAGAGCAUGUACGAACACGACGUAGAAGACUCCGAGGUACUUAGGGCAGAGUAUAGGAGACCUAGAGACGUUUUGUUGUCGUUAGUUGGCGAGUUUAUGUGUAGAGCUACAAAUAGACUCCAGGAACUCAACAAGAAGAAUAACCACGAUGGAAAAGUGGUCGAGCUAUUGGACAUCAAAUCACAUGUGAGAUUGGCAGAUAUAGCACACACUUUACUGAAGGUGUCACCGUACGAUCCAGAAUCCAUGGGGUGUCGCGGGUUGCAACACUAUAUGAGUUACAUUUUGCCUUCAACAGACUGGGCGAAUGAUGCGAUGAGACCUGCUUUAGUCACAAUUCUAAGAAGAUUGGACAAAGUUUUCCAAAAGAUAUCGAAGAAGCCUUCAAUACGAAGAAACACCGAUUGGGAUGCCGCAGCAGGGUUACUGAAGGGGAUAUACGACACGAUGGUCAAAUAUCCUUACAUCAUACACUGGUCACAUAUAAAGGCACUCAUUAACACUUGUCAGAGCCUCAUCGUCAGUGAUUCCUGUGCUACAGAGGGAGUUUCAGGAGCUACAGCAGCUUUAAUGAGCCAAGCACCCCCACCCCAUUUCUGCUCGAUGGUAGUGAGGCUCAUCGCUUUGCAGAUCCAGAACACCACAGAUACUUGCACCUUGGAGCAGGUGUGUGGGGGUAGUUCCAUGUUCCCAACCCAAGACAAGACGGAAAGCAUGAUAAUGAACCUGAUCAUGCCUCUGUGCCUAAGGGUAGGCUCUGGAAGGAAAGAUGUGGCUCAGAUGAAGCACAGCGACAUAAGCUUUGCUCUAACCUUGGUGCUCCACGCUAUGAGCCCUCCUAAUACGAAGACCAUGGGACCUUCGGGUACAAACGUCAAACCAACCGCAGAAAUAAGAACUGGAAGUUUAACUUUCACCGGAACUAGGGACACUAAAACUUCCGCGAAGAUAAACACUUCUUUGUACCAAGUAUCGUUUCUAGCGUUGAAAAUCAUGGCUAUAUGCUUCGAGGGUGAGCUUAUGAACGAGUGGUCCCGCAUUGGUAGAACAAUGAGGGAGCUUGGUAAGAGAAAUGAAGCAGCUACAUUCUUGUGGGACUUCCUAGACUUUGUUGUGACACACAGAACCACCCUUUACAUUUUAAUGCAACCUUUCAUAUUCCAAAAGCUGGCCCAACCUCCUAUAUCGGAUUUUGAAAGGAACAUGCACACAAAAAUUCGCAACAAAAUGAGAAGCAUCGGUUUGCCGCUACCAAAAAGUCGUGGAGCGCUGCUUAUGGAGCUGGCGCAUGAAAUGAAGGUGCUGAAGGAAGAAUUGGAUGAAUCAACGGAAUCUUCCAGUGAACCAAAGAAACAGGAAUCGACUCCCACGUGUCAGAUGACAACGGAAGUACCUGCUGCUCCAACCAGGCAUCAAAGACAUUCUUUGAUAGGGUUGUUUACGGGAGAAGGGCACCACGGUACUAAGUCUGCGCCUGCGCCUCACGAGCAGCUUCAUUCGCAAAUAAAAGAAUCAUCGACAAGCACCAGCCACGUUUCGACUCCUAACCAAGUCACCAACAUCAGUACCAGCGAAGGUCAUGACACAAAUGCAAAUGGAAGUUCCACCCCUUGUAACGCACCUGAUCGGUCUUCACAAAGAUCUUCGGUCAGUGAUGAUCACGGCGUGCCUCUGCCUAAAUCUGAAUCCCUCGUCUUUCACAAGGCCCAUAAACUACGCUUUGUUUCUUCCGUAGAGUUUAGACAUUCCUCAGGAGAAACUUCCACUACACCACUAAGUCCAGCGAGUCCAGCGGAUGACAGCUCUGGGGAAAUUUACCCGAACAAGUCGAGGCUACAACGCAUCAAACCGCAGAGUCGGAAGACCUUUCGUUUGAGGAGAAGCAGGAAGAACAACAAUCGUGUCGAGGUGUCGCAUACAAAGUUGGAGUCUGAGUUGGCAACACCUAGUCCUCAACAUCCAGACUUUGGUUCGCCUCCCCUGACACCAGUUACCAUUUCACAACCUACCAUUCAACAACCAGCUGAUUCUCCAGUAGCGUGCGGACCAGUCAAGCAGGAACAGAAGCUGGAACCACUAUCGAACUCUCACAGGCUAAGGAUAGCUACUAGGGGCAAAGUAGCUGAGGGUUCAUGGGAUGAAGAUUCAGUGAUUUCUCAAACAUCCAGCACGUCUGGUUACAGAGAGUCCUACCCUGUGAUGCACCUGAAGGAGUCCCUGGAGACGUCUCCGAAGGCGUUUCCCCCACUAGCUUCACCGGAUAUUCAUAGUUUGCCCUCGACUAGCAGCGCCACCACGGCUAACAAUUACCUGCACAUGGACAACUCUUCUCCGGAUUGUUCUUUGAAUGAAAAUGGGGAGAAAACAGCGUUGCUCGGUCAUAACGAGAAGUCGUCCUCUCAGCAUUCUCUGCUGAUGGUUUUUGAGCAAGAUGAGACUACGCUCAUUUAA